CUUGAGCACUGUGAUGUUAUUAAGCCUUUCAGAAUACUACAGCUUGAAUUCCAGCUCUCGGGAAAGACGGGUUUUCCCGAUGUAGGAUACAUGGCACAACAUACAUCAUCAAGAAACAGCAGCAAGGAUUGAGUGAGAAGAAAAGGCAAUGUCCCAGCGAGCAGAGUCCUCCCAAUGCGGCGGCGUUGUGGUCGAGUUCGAGUCUGACGACAUCAGGAAUGCCAGAGCCAAAAAAGCCAGGAGUAUACCAGGGUCGGCGCUUAUCUACCUCAAGGGUCCUAAGUUCCUCAUCUAUGUCAGUGGAGCGUUGUCAAUGUGGGGUGACCGAAUGUGGCACUUUGCCAUCUCCGUGUUCUUGAUCGAGCUGUACGGACGUAACUUGCUGUUGACUGCAGUGUUCGGCCUGGUGGUGGCCGGCUCCGUGCUCUUACUCGGAGCUCUGAUCGGAGACUGGGUCGACCGCAAUCCUCGGAAUAAAGUUGCACAUGCGUCUCUUUUCAUCCAGAACAUCUCAGUGACAAUAUGUAGCAUCGUGCUCAUGUUGGUGUUCUCAUAUAAGCAAAGGAUCGAGCAGAUCUGGGACGGCUGGCUUACCGUGGUUUGUUAUACGGUGGUGAUCGUCCUGGCAGAUGUGGCAAACCUUGCAAGCACCGCGCUGACCAUUGCCAUCCAGCGGGACUGGAUCGUAGUCAUCACCGGCUACAACCGGGGCCACCUAGCUGGAAUGAAUGCCACCAUGAGGCGGAUAGAUCAGGUGACUAACAUCCUGGCCCCGCUAGCGGUGGGACAGGUCAUGACCCUGGCCUCCAAUGUAGUUGGAUGUGGCUUCAUCCUGGGAUGGAACCUUGUGUCUCUCAUAGUGGAGUUCUUCUUCUUGUCCCGGGUGUACCGCAUCGUUCCUGCUCUUUCAGUCAAACCGCCAGCGGUGGAGCUGGAUCACACCGAUCUGCAAGGGAUGGAGAGGAGAGGAUCACAAGGGGAAGGCCAAGUUGUUCAGCCUCUGGCAGAAGGCAACAGUGACGGCAGCCUACACUUAAAAGAAAUCACCUACCUCCCCCUGUGCUUCCGGAGGUUCCGCUGGCUGGUGAGCACGUGCAAAGAAGGAUGGACGGCCUACUACCACCAGCCUGUCUUCCUGGCGGGAAUGGGCCUGGCGUUCCUCUACACCACAGUGCUGGGCUUUGACUGCAUCACCACCGGCUACGCCUACACUCAGGGCAUAAGCGGCUCCCUCCUCAGUUUACUGAUGGGCGUCUCGGCCAUCACCGGCUUGAUGGGGACUGUCAUGUUUACGAGACUGAGGAAGACAUACGGUCUCGUCAACACCGGCAUCAUCUCCAGCUGCCUCCACCUGGGCUGCUUGCUACUCUGCGUGUGCUCCGUCUUUGCCCCGGGCAGCCCCAUGGAUCUUAGCUUGCUGAUGCCCUACUUUACCUCGAACUCCUCCUCUGAGCUCGGAGGGAUGGCGAGCCAAAGACAAAAACACACUUAUCCUCUGAGGGGAGGCAGCAAUCAGCCGCUUCUACCGGACCGCUCCUCCAUCCACUGGACCAACAAUACUGUGCUGUUCGACAACGUGCCCUCUGGUAGCACGCCCGAGUCUUACAUCUCCAUUAUCCUGUUGUUCAUGGGUGUGAUCACAGCACGCAUCGGUCUAUGGUCCUUCGACCUGACAGUUACCCAGCUGUUACAGGAGACCAUCUGUGAGUCCGAGCGAGGUGUUGUAAAUGGGGUGCAGAGCUCUAUGAAUUACCUGAUGGACCUGCUCCACUUCAUAAUGGUCAUCUCUGCUCCACAGCCGCAGCAUUUUGGCAUCCUAGUUCUUAUUUCUGUGCUCUUCAUCACCACCGGACACACUAUGUACUUCCUGUAUGCGCACAAGGCCAAGAGAAAACGUCGCCGGGACACCUAAAGGAGCAGUCAUGUCAUGUGACUUAGCCAUUCAUUUCAGCACACCACAGAAAGCGUCUGUCUCACCUCGGCUGCUUCCUUCCUUCCUGCAGGGGCCCUGCAUGUGUGACACAUAGCAAACCAGAACUCAGGUGCAAUAGAAUGGGAGCAACGCUGUAUCAUGAAUAUAAAUGGCCGCUAUAAAGGCGGCAAUGAAAACCUCCAGGGGAUGUCCUAGUCUAAUUUACAGCAGGACUUCUUCUUCUCGACAUGCCUUUUGGAAAAGCCUGCAGGAUUACUGCAAGGCACUCCAUGAAAGAGUGAAUGGAUGGAGACAUUUUUCACACCGUUGUGAGGAAAACAUUGGAAAAAAAGAAAGUGGCACAGGUGUUACUGAUACGUCCACUUGGAAAUAUUCCAGGAUGUCCUAAAAAAAAAAAAAAAAAAAAAAAGGAACAUAAAGGGAACUACAAGUGAAAAAUGAGAAUGGCAGCUUCCCUUUUUAAUGGACAGUCGUAAAAAGGAUAAAAUUUCCUUCCCCUGGUUUGUUUCCCUGUGGAUGAAUCAAGCAAACACUCGCCAGAUGUACUGUCCUAAAAUCCUCACAUAUUUGAAGAAUAAUCCAUCAAUCACAUUUUUUUGGCAUGUUUGAAAUCAACACUAGCACUCCUAUUUUGUACUUCUUAUCAUCUUCACCAUUGCCUUACCUCAACAAAGGGCGACAACACUGUCGGAGAUGACUUUUUUGCUACAUGGUAUGUCUUCAUAGCUCCGUCAUGUACAGUGGAUGAAGCUUCCCACAACCGGCAUCACCUCUCUGCAAUUUAUUUGUAACAUUUGCCUGUCACCUCUACACAUUGUGUGUUGUCAAGUGUUUUGUUUUAGAC